AUGGAGACAAAUAGAAGUGCAGAAUUUCCGUCAUCAGACGAUCAACCGUCAACGUCAACGGCGAACAAUUCAAAUGUUAUGAAAGCAAAUGAAGAAGAGAAAACCGAUAAAGAAAUGAAACAGCUGCUGGAAGCAACGAAUGAAAUUCUCGAGAAUAAAGCAAAGUCGUGGAAUUUGACAUCCUUAAAUGUCCGAUCCAUCCUACAUCACCUCAUCAAAUAUCCUUCUACAAUCGACGUUCUACUGGGAAUACGAGAAAAUAAUGACCUUCCAAGUGUUAGAAAUAUGCGAUCAAGAAAAAAACCAGAUGAAGCUGGAACAUCAUCUUCGAGAAACACUCCGAAAAAGUUUGCCCUUCGAAUUGAAGACAAAGGUCCGAAGAACUUCUUAGACUUAGAGUAUGACGAAGACGACGAAUAUGAUGAUGAUUACGUAGAAGAAGGAGAUAAUACGCAGAAAAAUGGGCAAGAAGCAGGCGAAAGUGAAGACGAAGACAUGGAUGAUGAAGAAGAAGAUGAGGAAGAAGAGGAAGAAGAAGAUGAAGAUGAAGAAGAAGACGAGGAAGAAGCAAGUGAAAUCAACACUGAAAAAGGAAAUAUUUCGCGAGAAAAAUUAACUGGCGAAGAUGCAUCAUCUGCUGACAUUAUAGACGACGAGCUAAAUAAUCUUUUAUAUGAAGAAGUUAUCGAAGACGACGAUAACUUUGCUAUGAACAUGACUCUCAACGACACUCGUCCAGGAUCAGUGGCGAUCGUUCAUACUAUUGAUAAUGUAGUAGAUGAUGCUGAUUAUCGAAAUUUCGUGAUGUCUAUACAAUGCCCACCAGAAGACUUUGAACAUCAAGCAGUUUACGACGAGGACGACGUGGAAGAUGAAGAUUACAAUGUGAUAGCGGACAACCUAAAUGUGGAAGAUUGGGACGAAACACGUCAAGAUAGAACUACUCUGAUUCCGAGGCAUGAAGUGAAAGCACUGAUGAUGGAUACUCUGUUAGCAGAGAAGGAUAUUCCCAUUAACAUGUUCCCAGAGGAAACUAUUCAAGGAGAAGAAAUACGGAAAAGUCAGAAAGAUAAAGAUGCUGAAAUUUGUGAAAGGAUCAAUCAAGUGACGACUUCUUCGAUUGAAUCAUGCAGUCUUCUGAAAGAAACACCAGUUGUUUUCCGAGUUCAGGAAAUUGAACAACUUCAAUUGCAAUUGGAGCAACAUGUACAGCUUCUGACUCAAUUCGUUGUUACUUGCAAUCAUGAUAAUUCCCUCGGUCAUGUACGAAAUAAGGCCCAAAUUAUGAUCAAUGAUCUUGACAACAUUCGACAACGAAGCGAGUAUCCGACUGUAUAUGAAAUUUCUAAUUUAAAUGCAGCAAUUGAAUCAUGUCAUGAUAUCAUGGGCUUCCCACAAGUCGACGAACACUUAUUGAACUACGCUCAAAAUACAGAUGGUCAUGGAGGAAUCGCAUUGAGACCCGAAGCUGCUGCUGUCCUUUCUAGAAGUGAAGCCAUACGUUUUCCAGGACUGUUACCUCCAUGUCAACCAAUGCUAGUCGAGAAACCAAUCCCUUUUCUCAACGAAGAAGAUGUAAUGCUAGCAAUUGCACUUCUUCAGUUCGCUCAUCUUCCCAGGCGAGCUGAAAAGGGAAUAGUUGAUAGAUACACAACAAUUCAUCAGCACUGUCUCCCUGCAAGAGACCCAUAUAAAAUUCGAACACAUUUGAAAUCAAUGAGGAAGUCUAGCAAAAAUCCUAUACACGAAAUCAUUCAGGCAGCGGAGAAUGGAGUUUGCAAAAUAUCUGUACCCACUAAAAUAUGGAAAAGGACAGAUUCUCCGAUAAAUACAUGGCCAACUGUUUCUCAGCCAGGAUGGUUUCGUCAUUUUAGCAAGAUAUUCAAUGUGACAGAAGAUCGAAAAAUACAUCGGAAAGCCGAAGCAGUGUUACUUUUGACACCUUCGAAAUACAGGGAAAGACCAAAUCAAUCACCGUCAUUUGCGCUGUUCGAUGGGCAAAACGGGUUUGAUAGCCAUCUGGCUGUGGAUAUAGGGACAACAAAUGAUGGUCGAAAAAUAGUUUUAGGAAGGGAACACAUCGAGGAAAUCGUUAAUAAACUAAAAAAAGAGAAGGGAACUCCAAAGAAGCGACGGAAAAAUCCAACUCCAAUGAAACUGAGUACGAUGAUACAACUUGAACAGACGUCAGAAACACGAAGAGAGGACAACCGUAAUAAAAAUAAAUGUAGUGCUUCGGCUUCAGCGAUAGCGAAUAGACCGGCUACUGUUCCAUCUAAAGCAAUUCGGAGAUUAGAUUGUUCAAAUCUCAUGAAAAAUUCGUGUUUAGCCUCAGUUGGACCGAGCACUUCAUCUGAAAAUCACGAGUCUUUUUCAUAUCCUGUCUGUGAGGACCUCGGUAAAGCUAGAUUUUUUUGUUCAUCUCAAAAUCAAAGUUUACCGAAGGACUCAACCUCGCAUGCAUCUUCUGAAGACACAAAUGACAGUCACCAUCUGGUCGACGGCAACUCCAAUUCUAGUUUCUCGUUUCCCAUUCCACCCACUCCAGGUCGUCGAUCUCCGGAUGAGCAUGACGACUUUUUCAUGGAUUUGGAAACUAAUAGUUUGAUGUGGACUCGACAAUCUUACACCGUCACCCAAGGAAAUCCUCAAACACCUCGUUGUUUUUCACUCGAACCGGAUGAGGCCGAUCCUGUGGAUUUUUCUUGUAUGAACUUUUAUCAAGACACUGACUCAGACGAUUUGGCUUUUCAACCUUCCACUUCAUGCCAGCAACCAAUGGGAUGUUCAUCGGAAAUGGGAGAUCUCUCCGAUUCAUCUUCAUUUCCAGAAGCGCCCUCCUCAUCUUGCUAUGUUCAUAGGGAUAUUUCCGAGUCAGCCACUGAAGAUGAUGCAGUGCCAGGACUCGAUCUCGUACCUAUAGAUGAAGAAGUAUACGAUGAAGAGUAUAUCGCAGACUUAGAAGGAGAAGAUGAAGAACCACCAGUGAAGAGAGGUCUGGUCAAUUCACGACCUCCGUUGAAAUUUAAGAAAGCGAUAGAAUCAGGAACAACUGGUUUCAAGGCUUCCAGGAAACGAACUAGAAUGGAGAGGGAAUCGAUGGGUUCCGUGGGGCUUGAUGAUGAAUUAUAUCGAGAAAGCCAGAAAGACAUAAUUAUGCGCAAAGUGAUAGAAGACAUCAGUCAGAGACUUUUCAUGCAUAAGGAUACUUAUCAACGAUUCAAAAACGCAAUAAUAGAUGAAAAACUGUCAGAUGUUGAGAAAGUUUCUCGAAUCGUUUUGAUUCUUGCAAAUCAUCCCGAAUUAUUGAAUCUUGUUUUAAUCUAUGCGCCUCCAGAAGCGGUGGUGUCAGAUUUCGAAUUUAAAACCAAUUUUCAUUCUUAUAAAUCAGCUAUCGAAAUGAUAAUGGACAUUGAGAGAUAUAUCACAUCUGCGAAACUCAAGGAACCAUCUCUUCGAAGUUUGUUCCGUUAUAUUCAAAGUUUCCUUGAAAACGACCCAAAAAUUACUGACGAACAGGCAACGAAAAGGUUUCAUCAAGUAUUUGGACAAGAUCGUCCAUUGUGGAAAAAGUUGGAAUCGAAAUUCUGGUGUCUUCCAUUCAAAUCAAAACCACGAUUGGAAAACUUCGAAUACAUCGAUUUGACCAAAAUGGAUUCAUUGUCAAAAAAGGAAAAACGGGAUCGGAACAAUGUUCAUCCUCGCUUUGAAAUAAUUGAUGAUAUUGAUCAAGUAAUGGGCAACACUUAUCGACCUUCGAAGAAUGAUCCGCCGUCGAACUUGGUAGUGAAGUGUGGAGAAAUGGGUAUUCAAAAUGAUGACGACUCAUUCGUUCAACUGGAAAUCAAUGAAAGAACUUGGACCCGAAAAGAUGACAUUACUCUGUUGACUGGCUACAAUGAAGCAUUAAAAUCCAUUCCUAACUUCACAGAUUCAAUGAUGCCGUCUUUAGUGCCAGAUCUACCAAUUGGAGGAAAGUCAAUUAUCGCUCGAUUGCAGUAUCUUCUGGAAGAGCUCAAAACCAUUGAAGACUAA